AUGUACGCAGAGUUGUGUCCUUCCCGGCCGCCGUAGCGGAAGGCGGAAGUGGCCAGUCUCCGGGAAUGGGGGCGGCCGUGUUUUUCGGCUGCACCUUUGUGGCCUUCGGACCGGCGCUGUCCCUCUUUAUCCUCACCAUCGCCCGGGAUCCCCUGCGGGUCAUCAUCCUGGUGGCCGGCUCCUUCUUCUGGUUGGUCUCAGUCCUCUUCUCCUCUCUGAUCUGGUUCAUCUCAGUCCAAGUCAGCAACAAGAAUGACUCCAGCCUGCAGUACGGAUUACUCAUAUUCGGAGCGGCCAUCUCUGUCCUCCUCCAGGAGACCUUCAGAUACGGCUACUACAGACUGCUCAAGAAAGCCAUCGAGGGUCUGGCCACAAUCAGUGAAGAUGGAAGGUCCCCCAUCUCCAUUCAGCAGAUGGCGUACGUGUCCGGCUUCGCCUUCGGGAUCAUCAGCGGAGUGUUUUCCGUCAUCAACAUCUUGGCGGAUGCGGUGGGCCCCGGGAUUGUGGGGGUUCAUGGCGAUUCCCAGUAUUACUUCCUAACUUCAGCGUUCCUGACCAUGGCGAUUGUUUUCCUGCACACCUUCUGGGGUAUCAUAUUCUUUGCCGCGUGCGAAAAGCGGAAACCCAUGCACAUCGUGGGGGUGGUCCUCAGUCACCUGGUCACCUCCGGGCUGACAUUCCUGAACCCGAGGUAUGAGGCCACCUUGAUCCCUAUAUACAUCAUCACCCUAGGCAUGGGAAUUUGGGCCUUCAUAGCAGCGGGAGGCAACCACCACAACAUACGCAAAUGCCUUGCUUGGAAACGGCAAGAGUGUAACCAGGUUAUGGUCUAUUCUGCUCUUCAGGUGCCCAGUGAGGAUUAAGACCCACCCCAGCUCAGCUGCCGUGCAGCCACCAACAGACACCGAGUCACCAUUCAAGUGCUCCUCCCUCCCUCUCUCUCUCUCUCCCUCCCAGAAGCCUGCUC